AUGGACAGAGGCGAUAACGAUGCUGAUUUCGAAGCCGAGAGGAAUCUAUUGUUACACGAUGUUAACCAGAAGAUGAACUCUGUUCUCAACCGACUCAACUCGCUAAACAGGUCGAUGGAACACUCCAUCACCAUUGGCAAUCAGUUCAACAGCAUUGCCAAUAUCUGGAAAGGAUUUUACGACGGUGUCACUGAAGAGAAGUCAGCAAAAGUGUCUCGAUUUUUUCAAUCAAAUCAACGUUUAGAUGGUGAAUCAAAAUCUGAUUUUGUGACUGACAAUCUGAGCCAGAAGCAGAGUGAGAACAAUAGAAAAUCUACUACCGAACAAGAUAGUAGCUUCCAAAAAGCUGCAGAUUCAUCAUAA